UACCGAUUGGACUUCCUGAUUAUUCUUGAUUAUUAUUAUACGACUGGGGCAAGCCAUCAGCAACACCACGCCCUCCCCGUUGAAUGUGAUUUUUGACAAACGCGAAAAUACUCCAAUGUGAGAGGGAAGGAGUGUGAGCAAUCUCCACCUGCGCACGCCCCAUCCUUUUUGUGACUGACUUGCACUGUGAAUGUUAGGUUGUUGUGCUGGGAAAGGACGCCGCUUCUGGGAUGCCGCUGGCUCGUAGUCUGUCAGUCACCUCGCUUUCGGGGCUUGAUGAUUGGGAUGAGGAGUUUGACCUGGAGGAUGCUGUGCUGUUUGAAAUAGCAUGGGAAGUGGCCAACAAAGUUGGGGGGAUCUACACUGUGAUCCAGACGAAAGCUCGUCUGACCUGUGAGGAAUGGGGUGAGAACUACUUCCUGGUGGGCCCCUACACGGAGGCCAAUGUCAGAACUCAGGUUGAGCUCAUCGAGCCCAGCAACCCGGCUCUCAUCAGAACCAUAGACAAAAUGAAUGCCAGUGGCUGCAAGGUAUAUUUUGGGCGUUGGCUGAUAGAGGGCAGUCCCUAUGUGGUUCUGAUUGAUGUGGGAUUCACCGCGUGGUCGCUGGACCGCUGGAAGAGCGAGCUGUGGGAGAGCUGUGGCAUUGGUGUGCCAUGGUUCGAUCGAGAGGCUAACGAUGCCGUGCUCUUUGGCUUUCUGACAGCCUGGCUACUUGGCGAGUAUGUAGCUCAGUGUGAGGAACCGCCACACGUAUUGGCACAUUUUCACGAGUGGUUGUCCGGCUUGGGGCUGAUGCUAUGUCGACAGAGACAGUUGCCAAUAGCAACCAUCUUCACCACUCACGCCACACUACUGGGACGAUACCUUUGUGCCGGAAAUGUGGACUUCUACAACAAACUUGCUGAGUUUAAUGUGGAUAAAGAGGCUGGAGAUAGGCAGAUAUAUCACCGUUACUGUUUGGAGCGAGCAGCUGCCCGGUGUGCUCAUGUUUUCACCACAGUCUCCCAGAUAACGGCGAUUGAAGCGGAGUUCCUCCUGAAGAGGAAGCCAGACUUUGUCACUCCUAAUGGACUGAAUGUGAAGAAGUUCUCAGCCAUGCAUGAGUUUCAGAACCUCCAUGCCCAGAGCAAAAACCGCAUUAAUGAGUUCGUCAGAGGCCACUUCUAUGGGCACCUGGAUUUUAACCUGGAUAAGACCUUAUUCCUCUUUAUUGCUGGGCGCUACGAGUUCUCUAACAAAGGAGCGGAUGUCUUUCUAGAAGCUCUGGCCAGACUGAACUAUCUGCUGAGGGUAAACCACAGUGAUGUCACAGUUGUUGCCUUUUUCAUCAUGCCCGCAAGGACCAACAACUUCAACGUGGAGACACUGAAAGGCCAGGCAGUCCGAAAACAGCUCGGGGAUACAGCACACACUGUCAAAGAACGCUUUGGGAAAAAACUCUACGAAUCACUGUUGGUUGGCCAGCUGCCAGACAUGAGCAAGAUGCUGGAUAAGGAAGACUUCACCAUGAUGAAGCGAGCCAUCUUCGCCACACAGAGGCAGUGCCAGCCCCCCAUCUGCACCCACAACAUGCUGGAGGACAGCUCCGACCCCAUACUGACCUGUAUCCGCCGCAUCGGCCUCUUCAACAGCGCCUCAGAUAGAGUGAAGGUAAUCUUCCAUCCAGAGUUCCUGUCCUCCACGUCCCCCCUGCUGCCCAUGGACUAUGAGGAGUUUGUGAGAGGCUGCCAUCUUGGAGUGUUUCCCUCUUACUACGAGCCUUGGGGAUACACACCAGCUGAAUGCACUGUAAUGGGAAUUCCGUCCAUUUCCACAAAUCUGUCCGGAUUUGGCUGUUUCAUGGAGGAACACAUAGCAGACCCCUCUGCCUACGGUAUCUACAUUCUUGACCGGCGGUACCGUGGGGUGGAUGAGUCCUGUAACCAGCUCACCACCUUCCUCUACCAGUUCUGCCAGCAGAGCCGCAGACAGAGGAUCAUCCAGAGGAACCGAACCGAGCGACUCAGCGACCUGCUGGACUGGAAAUACCUCGGCAGGUACUACAUAUCUGCACGUCACAUGGCUCUUGCCAAAGCCUACCCAGACACCUACAUGUAUGAGCCUCACGAUGAAUCUCAGCCAUCGGGCUUCCGGUACCCCCGGCCAGCCUCUGUGCCGCCCUCGCCUGCCCACUCCCUCCACUCCUCUCCCCACCACAGUGAGGCUGAGGACAACGCCGACGAGGACGAGCGCUAUGAUGAAGAUCUGGAGGCGGAGAAAGACCGACUUAACAUCCGCCAGCCUUUCGCCCUGCCCCACCGGUUGCUAACACACAACAAUUCCAACUCACAGAAGAACUAACUCACCCAAUCAUACAGACAGAGAGAGACAGACAGACAGACAGACAGACAGACAGACACACAUAGACACAGACAGACAGAGCCUUGCAGACACACACAUACAUACACACAAUUACCACAUUUUGCCAGUCAUCCUACAAGCUCACAAACAUAAACACACACACACAGCAUUGUGGCUGAACAGUUCUACACUGAAUUUAUACAAUUAAUGUUUAUGUUUACAGUUCUAAAUGAUAGCCUUCUAAGUACAUGGUAACACUCCAGUACUCCAAAAAUACACUGCACACACACACACUCCAGAAUAUGACAGACAUGGACUUCCAAAGUUACUGCAUUAUGGGAGUGGUAACACAGAUGCCGGAAGAGGAGAGAUAGAUUAAUGACUGUAUGAUUCAGUAUGGAACAUAACAGUAACCAGGCAACUGAAAUAUCACAACUUCCAUUUGCCUCUAGAAAGCUAAUUGUUAAAACUCAUCCAAUGAUAACAGAGAACUGUAGCUUUUAACAAGGAUCUCUAGCUGCAGCUAACCAGGAAUGCUAACAUGGAACUCGGCUAACAGGAAAAAAACAACUAAUAAAUUAGUUUUAUGACUGACCGUGCUAAGUCACUCACAAAACGAUCUUCUCUGAUAAAAAGGCCAUGUUACAAACACACACAGACUCACAUCAACUUACUGUACAACACAAACACAGACACACACAGUACACAGAGACUACACAAAUAUCCAGAUCAAAGCCCUUCCGACACAGUCGCCUCAAAAGCAACUAUGUGUACAACUGUGUGUGUACAUGUGUGUGUUAUAGCACACUUGGCAUAACUUCAGCAAGGCCAGCAGGACUCUGUUUCAUAUGAGAUUGCUUUAUUUUUACCGUCACGUUUGCCAUGAUUGUUUGACGGGUUUUGAACCGCUACUGUGAUUGCAAACAGAUGUAUGCCUUGUUGAAUGAGUGUCUGAAAGCCUUGAGGAGGAUUUGGGUAGGUCUUAGUGCAUGCACCCUGUUUGAGUUUGUUAUUUGUGUUAAUGUGCACUUGAAAAAAUAGAAAUUAUAGAAAUAAAGUACAUAAUAGAAUUAAGAUGA